GUAUCUGCUGCAUCUAUCUAUCUACUGAAUCUGUCUAUCUAUCUGUAUGCAUUGCAUCCAUUAAAGCUCAGUUCAGCAACUAUUCCAAGCACCUGCACCUGAAAGCUUCGACGUACGUCUACAGAGUGUAGAGAAGAGAUAUAUAUACUUCGCUAUAAUUAUUGCAUGCCAGCCAACAUUGUUGCCAAGAGAUCCCAUCCAUCCAUCGAUCCGGGUCGUCUUUGGGAAGAUAAAAGAGAGUAGAUGCCAGAGAUCAUUGAUGAGACCGGAAGUGUGUUACCGGCGGCGGAGCGGCGGGGCCAGGACGGCGACAAAACGAAGCUUUUCGGGAACUACGAGCUUGGCAAGCUGAUUGGUUGCGGAGCCUUCGCCAAGGUGUACCAUGCCAGGAACGUGAGGACGGGGCAGAGCGUGGCGAUCAAGGCGGUGAGCAAGACCAAAGUCCUCAAAGGAGGCUUCACGGCGCACGUCAAGCGGGAGAUCGCUAUCAUGAGCAGGUUGAGCCACCCUCACAUCGUCCGUCUCUUUGAGGUCCUUGCCUCCAAGUCCAAGAUCUACUUCGUUUUGGAGUUCGCCAAGGGAGGCGAGCUCUUCGCCAAGAUCUCCAAGGGACGCUUCAGCGAAGAUCUCAGCCGCCGCUACUUCCAGCAGCUGAUCGCCGCCGUCGGAUUUUGCCACUCCCGGGGUGUUUUCCACCGUGAUCUCAAGCCGGAAAACCUGAUCCUCGACGAGAAUUGGAAUUUGAAGGUCACCGACUUCGGGCUCAGUGCCGUGAAGGACCAGAUCCGGCCCGACGGACUGCUCCACACGCUCUGUGGCACACCUGCCUACGUGGCCCCCGAAAUCCUCGAGCAGAAAGGCUAUGAUGGCGCGAAGGUGGAUGUCUGGUCAUGUGGCGUCAUACUCUUCGUGCUUACCGCCGGUUACCUACCGUUCAGCCACCCCAAUCUCAUGGCGAUGUACCAGAAGAUCUACAAAGGUGAAUUCCGAUUCCCUAAAUGGACGUCUCCUGAUCUCAGGCGGUUCUUGUCUCGCCUCCUCGACACGAAUCCGGAGACUCGCAUCACCGUCGAUGAGAUCACGAACGAUCCGUGGUUCAGAAAAGGCUACAAAGAAAUCAAAUUCCACUCCGAGGAUUUUGGGCUGAAAGACCACGACGAGAACCAACCGUUCCUGAACGCUUUUGACAUAAUUUCAUUCUCCAACGGUUUGGAUCUCUCCGGGUUGCUGAAUCACUGGGCAGGCUUGGCCGUGGGCGAGCGGUUCAUAUCGGCCGAGCCGCCGGAGAGAGUAGCCGGGAAGAUCGAGGAGGUGGCAAAGGCGGAGGGUUUGACAGUGAUGAAGAAGAAGGAUUGGGGAGUAAAGGUGGAAGAAGAGAAUGGCCGUUUCGUUGUGGCCGUGGAGAUUAACCGGUUAACGGAGGAGCUGGUGGUGGUAGAGGUGAAGAGAAGGGAUCCGGAGAGUGAGGCUGGACCCAGCCGAGAUUUCUGGAAGGAUAAACUCCGACCGCACCUCGUCCCUCUCAUUUACCAACCGGAACGGCAAGUUACCGGUGCCUAAAAAUAUGAAACUUUUGCCUUUUUUCUUUGCCAACCAAAUGAUGGGUACAGUCCAGAUUGAUUGCCAUUUGUUCUUUGCUUCUUUUCAGGCGUGCUUUCAUGUAUAUCGUCUUUUUCAUUGGUUUUGAUAUUGUUUGUAGAUGGGUCUCCGGAUUUUGGUCCAAAGUUUGCUCUUGCUUUCUAUGCACCCAGCAAAAUUGGGCUUGUUCUGUGUCAAGUGUAAACUAGAGAGCAAGCAAACUGAAGUCUGCCAAUUUUAUAUUGGCAUUGGUUUCCUGGCAGAUCACUGAUUAAUGAACAAAACUCACUUAGACAGAUUUAGAAUAAGUA